GGCCUUUCUAUAUUUCAUGCCAUAUAUUUCAUCGCCCUGGGCCUCCUCCUCGUCCUGGGGCAAAGAGUGUCCGGCAGCAACCUCCCUCGAGAUCUCUCAAUUUAGGACUUUCUUUCUUUUUCACCGCGCUAGUACGAUAACCACCACCGCCAUGGGCAGCUCUUCUUCGCCCAUGUCCGCCGACGAGGACAUUCGCAACGUCCCCGCGGAAGGCGUCUCAUACUUCACACCCGCCCAGAUCCCCCCGGCCGGCACCGGCCUGGGCUCCAAGAGGCCAGACAGAGACGCCAUCCCCAAGCUCUUCACGCCCCUCACCCUCCGCGGCACAACCUUCCCCAACCGCGUCUGGCUCUCCCCGCUGAGCCAGUACUCGGCCGACGACGGCCACGCCACAGACUGGCACCUCACGCACCUUGGCGGCAUCCUCCAGCGCGACCCCGGGCUCACCUUCGUCGAGGCCACGGGUGUCCAGGCCCGCGGCCGCAUCACCCCGCAGGAUAUGGGCCUGUGGAAGGACAGCCAGAUCGCGCCCCUCGCCCGCAUCACCGAGUUCGCGCACUCCCAGGGCCAGAAGAUCGCCAUCCAGCUCGCCCACGCCGGCCGCAAGGCCAGCACCGUGGCCCCCUGGCUGAGCAUGAACGCCGCCGCCCCCGUCAGCGACGGCGGCUGGCCCGACGACGUCGUCGGCCCCUCGGCGAUCCCCUGACCAUCAUUCCCGGCCGGGAAGCGCUCACUUUUCGCGCACUCCUGGUGGGCAGGGGGCGCGGGCGCACGGGCCAUUGAGCUCAUUCCUGUACCCCA